GCCUUCUGGAGCAUAAUCCCAAUUCUGCGAACAGGCCCUGCGUCUCUUCAGAACAGACACAUUCCACAAUGCAGUCGCCGUGGUACAAGUCGAUCGCCUUCUACCUAUUCAUGUUUUUUGCCAUGACUGCGUUGCACGUAGCAUCUACCAUUCGCACCCUGCAGACAUUAGACGGCAUGCUGCCCACGCGCAGACAGUACUCCUGGGUCGACGAUGACUACCCCGACCAGCUUCCUAUCGAGAUGCCUACUGUCGCCCUCGAGAUGCUGGAUGGCGAGGACCACUACGGUCUGCACGAUGACGAGGAAUGGGUCGCCCUAUUUCCCAACGACGGCUUCCUGACCCUUGGCCCGUCCAACCGUACUUUCUUCUUAUCCAUGAUCCAUCAAUUCCACUGCCUUGAUGUCAUCCGCGUCGGAAUGGUGGCGAAUAGGACCGGAUCAAUCUACCACGUUGAGCACUGUCUGCGCUACCUAAGGCAGAUCAUUCUCUGCAACUCGGACGUGACAAUCGAGACAGGGCGCCCGAGGCUCGUUGAUGGGGUGUGGAUGCAUGUUGCGGACGGCGGGACGGGAAUGAUACAUCGGUGCAGGGACUGGACCAAGGUUAGGGAUUUUUUGGUGGAAAACCCACCUAUGGAACUCAAACAGACGUCUUCUGCGUAUGGGGAGGGCUCUUCAACUGAUCGAGAGGGGUAUUGA